UGUCCAAUUCGAUCAUUUUUAAUUGAAAUGGGCUUAACUGUGUUAUUACAACUGUGUCAGAAAGUGACAGGCUCCUCGUUGUGAUACUCAAAUUAGGAUGAACUCUGUGGUUGGGGGGUGACAUCUAUAUUUAAUGCGUGACCCAUAUGGGAGAGAAAGAGAGCAAGACAGAGUCCAUCAACUGUUUGAGCCUCGGUUGAAGUGGUGGCAGUCCCUGUAAACGUCGCAUUCCGAUGCUGAAACGGUAGUUUCUGCGCGCGGAGAGCAUGUAGAAGAAAGGGAGUGUCGCGUGCCGUUGGAUUUUCUUCCGCUUUCAGCCAUAACCGCGAGGAGUGCCCACGGAGACACCAAGCCGACAACGCUGCAUUCAAUCAAGAAGAUCCCGUAGACGUUCUGUGUUCCUGCUAAGCUCCCAAACGGACCACCCAGCUCGGUCAUUCAGGGAAGCGCUGGCACUGCUCCCGCCGGCCUGUAGGAGGCGAUGUUGGAGAUGGCUGUGCCCUCAGCCCCGGACUUCCGCUGGCAGAAUCUGGCCCGCCUGUCCAGUGGGCGCGUCUACCACUCCCUGGCAGAGGUCGGGGGCCAGCUGUACGUGCUGGGGGGCUGUGACGCGGCCGGGCGUCCCUCCAGCGCUCUGGAACUCUACUCCCCCGAGGUGGACCAGUGGGUGACUUUGCCCCCCAUGCCCCUGGCCAGGGCAGGGGCCGCAGUGGUCACGCUAGGCAAGCAGCUGCUGGUGGUGGGAGGGGUGGGGAGGGAGCAGCACCCCCUGAAGGCGGUGGAGGUGUACAACACGGACGAUGGGAAGUGGAUGAAGAGGAGCUCACUGAAGGAGGCCAUCAUGGGCGUGGCCGUCACUGUCAAAGAUGGCCGGGCGUUUGCGGUAGGGGGAAUGGGUUCUGACCUGUUGCCCAGGAGUAUCCUUCAGCAGUAUGACCUGAGGAAGGACAUGUGGGGCCUUUUGCCCCCUAUGCCCACCCCCCGCUAUGAUGCUAACAUCAACCUGCACGGCUCCAAGCUCUAUGUGGCAGGCGGCCGCCAGUGUAAGCGAUCGCUCAAAGCCUUUGAGGUGUUCGAUAUGGAGAGCCGCCAGUGGAGCGUCCUCCCGGCGCUGCCCUGUAAGAGGUCCUACUCCGGCGUGCUGUGGGACGCCUGCGGCCGCCUCUGCUGGCUCGGGGGCCUGAGGCAGGGGGGCCUUCACCAGCGCUCCAAAUUCACCAACAACGUCAACAUCUACAGCCCCAGUGAGGGGUCUUGGCUGAAACGAGAGGACACUGCUCCCUUGAAGACCAAACGUGCAGAUUUUGCCGCUGCCAUCUUGGGAGGCAGAAUGAUUGUGGCAGGUGGUCUAGGCCACCAGCCCUCGGUGUUGGCCACGGCCGACGCCUUCCAUCCACAGAAGAGGAAAUGGGAGUCCAUUGCUCCGAUGGCAUCUCCCCGAUGCUCGGCAUCCACCAUUGUCAUCCACGACCGCCUGUUCGUAGUGGGCGGUGUCAAUCAGAUCCCCAGCUGUGCUCAUGAGGUUCUGUUUAUAAAGGAAAAGGAGUGCCUGUAGCCGAAGGCUGUGCUGAAAUCACAGUGUGAGAUUUUCAAAGCGUUAGCUCCCCCUACAGGCCACGCUUUUACAGCACACACAAUCAGACCUGUAGCGCCAUCUGCAGGCUCUCAUGUUAGAAGCGGUUGCAAACUGUAGCCAAACUGAAAGUAGCUGUCAAAUUUAAGCAGUAGGAAGCCUUAACCAAUAGCCAAAGACUGGCAAAACUACAGUCACAUCAGACCUUGUCCCCACAACAUUAAAAAAGUCAUAAAUGUCAGUGUGUACCAUAGACAAUACUGUACAUUGUGAUUCAUCCACACAUAUACAGACUUUACAUUAUUUGAGGAGCUGGUUUUCUCUGUAGAUAGCUCACUUAUUCAGGAAUACAGGAUGUGUUCAGUGCAAAGUGUCUUUGAAUGUGUUGACUUUUCAGCUUUCACCAUGUGCACUUUGUGAAGACUGCACUGUCAUCGGUAUUCCUGUAGCAGAGUGCACUUCAUUUUGAUAUCAUUUAUCAACACACCAUGUUGGAUAAGUGUUUAAUGUGUGUGUUCUCACAGUGACAAUAAUAAUGGGAUGUGAAGGUCAUUCAGCCGAGAAAUGCCAUAAACAGAUUAUAUUUUUACAAUCGUUAGAAGUGCCAUUUGACAGACACCUUAAAUAACUGGUUGACAUUUUUUCUCUCUUGAAAAUGAAAUUCAGAGACCAAAUAAUGCAAUAUAAUAGUGUUUCACCGUUACACCACCUGGGACUUAUUUCUUGUAGUAAGCAUUUUUGUUGUAAAAAGCAAUGGGGAUAGCUUAUAGUAAUGCAGUGUUCAUUGGGUGCUAACUAUGUUCAACAUUAUAUUUUUAGCUGUGUUAAAUGUAAUGUAAAUGAUUAAUGAUUAAUGAUUAAUCUUCUUGGCUAAAAGCUUGUAUAAGAAAAAGUUGGAAAUGGAGUUUAUUUACCAACGGCACCACCAAAAGGCCAUGAAGAGCAAAACACAGCAUGUUUGUGUCAUGAUUUAAAUCAGUUGAGUUUAUAAUCUGGCAUUGUGGAUUGCAUGUUUAAUGUGACAAAAUAUCCAUUUUACUUAUUAAGUUAAGUGUAUAUUAGGCAAGUCAUGCAAUGUGUUGGGUUAUCAGGGAAUAAGGACAUUUAUGUGAUGAUAAUCUGUGUUUGAAGGAAUGGUAUGUUAGAGGGACAGUGCAAUGUGCAAUAAAUAGAAUUUAAAGUUGAAUGAGAUGAACAAACUGACGAAAGUCAGAUUCCUUUGUUAAAUACUGCAGUACCAUUUUGAUAUGGCAUUGUCAUAGGGCUAUACAUAAUACUUGCAUAGAGCUAACACAGAAGAAGAGAGCUAGAUUUGUCCUUGUUGUUGUAUGUAAUGUACAUGUGAGAAUAAUAAUUGAUCUUUGUUAUGGGCUUAUCACUGAUACUGUAGCAUGUGCAGAGGAUGUGCAGUAAAAAGCCAUAAUUGCCAACAUGGUCUUGGAGCAGGUCCACUCCCCUGACUGGAACCUGUUAAUCAAUUAAACAUUUUCUGAACAAAUAAAUAUUUGUGACUCAGA